CAGCUUGGCAUGGAGAUCGCCAUGGAUCUCCGGUGCUGCAUUCAUGGCGGCAGAGUUUCUCUAGAUCUCACCUAGAUCUCCAAAAGGUGGGGUGGUGUUGAGGGGGGGAGGGGAGAUGGAGGAUGCGGUGAGUGAUGGAGGGGUUAUUGGUGUUGAUGUUGGUGGUGGCGGUGGGAAAGAGAGGAUUUUGGUUUCAGUGAGGUUGAGGCCUUUGAAUGAGAAGGAGAUUGCUAGGAAUGACCUUUGUGACUGGGAGUGCAUCAAUGAUACUUCCAUCAUUUUCCGAAACAGUUUGCGGGAGCGGUCUGGGUUCCCGAUCGCCUACACAUUCGACAGAGUUUUUGGAGGUGAGUGCAACUCAAAGCAAGUGUAUGAGGAGGCAGCCAGAGAAGUAGCUCUCUCAGUUGUAAGUGGUAUCAACUCAACUAUAUUUGCUUAUGGACAAACAAGCAGUGGGAAGACAUACACAAUGACCGGAAUAACAGAAUACACUGUGGUGGAUAUAUUUGAUUACAUGCAAGCGCACGAGGAGAGAGCGUUUGUCUUGAAAUUUUCAGCCAUAGAGAUUUACAAUGAAGCAGUGAAGGAUCUACUCAGCAAUGAUAAUACUCCUCUUCGGCUUCUAGAUGAUCCAGAGAGAGGGACUAUUGUGGAGAAACUAACUGAGGUAACCUUGCGAGACUGGAGCCACCUUAAGGAGCUGCUUUUAGUUUGUGCAGCUCAAAGAAAGAUAGGGGAGACGUUGUUAAAUGAAAUGAGCUCUAGAUCUCAUCAAAUUAUUAAGCUGACUAUUGAAAGUUCAGCUCGUGAAUUUCUGGGCAAGGGCAAGUCAAGCUCUCUUGUGGCAAGUGUGAAUUUUGUUGAUCUGGCAGGAAGCGAGCGUGCAUCACAAGCGUUAUCUGCAGGUAGUAGACUAAAGGAAGGUUGCCACAUAAAUCGAAGUCUGCUUACACUUGGAACUGUUAUUCGGAAGCUAAGCAAGGGAAGACAUGGGCAUGUUCCAUAUCGAGAUUCAAAAUUAACCCGCAUAUUACAGCCUUCUUUAGGUGGCAAUGCACGAACUGCUAUUAUUUGUACAAUGUGCCCUGCAAGAAGCCAUCUUGAGCAGUCCAGGAAUACACUGUUAUUCGCAAGCUGUGCAAAAGAAGUGGUGACAAAUGCUCGUGUCAAUGUUGUCAUGUCUGACAAGGCACUAGUUAAGCAUUUGCAAAAGGAGCUUGCUCGAUUGGAGAGUGAAUUAGGAAAUCCAGGAUCAGCUUCUGGUACAUCCCAUCUUGAAGCUUUACUGAGGGGAAAAGAUGCUCAAAUCAAAAAGAUGGAGAAAGAGAUCAAGGAGCUGAUACGACAACGAGAUCUGGCUCAAUCUCAACUCAAGAAUUUCCUUCGAAUUGCAGUUGAUGAUCGUGCUUCAAGACAAUGGGAUGAAUCCAGCCAGGUCUCAACAUCCCGUGUCACAACUAGUGAAUAUGAUGAUGUAGUUUCAGUAUCUGCCACAUCAGGUUUUCCUUAUCGCGGUCUCAAUUUUGGCUUUACAAAGUUUGACAAAUCAAUGGGAACUGAAGAUUGGAAUGAGCUUCACUCCCUACGCUCUGGAAAACUAAGUGAAAAUGAUGCAUUCUCUCCCAGUCACUCAAUCAGUAGUUCUAAUUUCAUCCGUUUGAUCCCGCGACGUAGUGAAAAUAACACUCAUGAAGCAGUUGACACUGUCGAGGAUCACUGCAAGGAUGUCCAAUGCAUUGAAAUUGCUGAGUCGAGCACAAGUGGAAGAAAAGAACUCGGCAUCUCAUUAAACGAAAGGACUGAAAGUCAGCUUUCCACCACUCCAAACCAAGAACACAAUGCCACAAGACCUCUAAGUGUUGAUUCUCCGGCUAUUACAUUGGAACAGCAACUCCAGAACGUCAGGAAGAGGAUUGAUGAUCUUGUCAGACCUUAUCAUGAUGAAAUGUCUUCAGUAUCCUCGACAGUUGAAUUGUCUAAAUCACAGAGCUCAGCUUUAACCAAAAGCAGAAGUUGUAGAACUUCUAUGAAUAGUGUUUCAUCCCCUUGGUUUCAAGAUGCUGGACAUACUGACAAUAACACACCACCUAACAGCUUUCUAAGAAACUUUCCUGGAAGACCUGACCAGUUGCAAAGAAGACAUGUUGCAUUGAACUGCGAUAUUGACAGUGAAACACUUUUAGGGCUGAAGGAGAUGGCUCAAGUUCAGUAUGAUAAGCAGUGUGGAAAUAGUCAGAUAGACAACGGAGAUGUCGAAGUAGGUGGUAUGAGAAAGGAUGCAGGUGUGCAUCCAAUGUUAGAUCUCCCAGAAUCAUCCCCUUCGCGAUGGCCAGCGGAAUUUGAGAAAAAGCAGCAGGAAAUAAUUGAGCUUUGGCAUGAAUGCAAUGUUUCCUUAGUCCAUAGAGCCUGCUUUUUCUUGCUCUUCAGAGGUGAUCCCGCAGACUCUUUCUACAUGGAAGUCGAGCUUAGGAGGUUAUCCUUUCUAAAAAAUACCUCUCAAAAAAAUCUGGAUAAAACACCAUCACAAGACAGUCUACAUAUCUCUCAAACAUCAAGUUCGAGAAAGCUGCAACGCGAACGGGAGAUGCUGUGCAAGCAAAUGCACAAGAGGCUAUCGACAGAGGAAAGACGGGAACUCUACACCAAAUGGGGAAUAGCAUUGGAUUCCAAGCAGAGGAAACUGCAAGUUGCUCGUCGUCUAUGGACUGAAACCAACGACAUUGAACACGUCAGAGAGAGUGCGUCGCUCGUUGCGAAGCUUAUCGGUCUCCUCAAGCCAGAGCAGGCUCUUAGGGAGAUGUUUGGUCUCAGCUUCACUCCUCAGCUAACUAAUCGCCGGCUUUUCGGUUGGAAACACGGGCUAACUUCACUCAAGCAAUGAGUUAACAAUCGCCGUGACAGGCUACAUUCUGUGAACCUUUUCAGUGAUUCGAUCUUUUUAUUUGUUUCAUUGUUGUUUGUAGAGUAACUAGGAUUAACAAGAACAUGAGUGGUGAUACUAUAACUGAUACAUUAGUGUUUAUGUUUCAGAAUGAAUGUGAUGAACUACAAAUUGUUUGUCUGAUUCA